AUGGCGCCAGCAAAGCGAAAGGCCGGCAGCUCGUCGGCGGCUCCUCGACGACGACGUCAAAGGAAGACCAGGACUCUCGGCCGACAGNCCUCCUCCUCCUCCUCCUCCUCCUCCUCCUCUUCUUCAUCGUCUAGCGACAGCGAAUUCGAAGUCGAAGCACAGCGACCGAAGCAGUCGAUCAUCAGCGUGCGUCGGCGCCGCGAGUCGUCGGCGUCAUCUUCGUCUUCAUCGUCGUCUUCGUCAGGCAGCUCCUCCUCCUCUUCAUCAUCAUCUUCGUCCUCAUCUUCGUCCUCGUCAUCUUCGUCCUCAUCGUCGUCCUCAUCGUCGUCCGACUCUGAUCGAUCAGUAGCACGUCAGCGCACCUCAAAGCGUCGCAGCGCAGCCGAAGCCGCCGAAUUGCCCGGUCCAGGUAGCAAAAAGAAACACGUCUUCCGCCUAACGCCCGAGCCAGAUCCGAAUGCGCCUCGCGCGAAACGACUCGACAAGGAGAGCCGCACGCAAAGAGCCAUUCUCGAAUCGCUCCAACCAGCGACACCGACGCUUCCUCCGCACUUGCAGCGCAUUGUCGACAUCAAGAACUCUCCGCUUUCGGCGAAAAAUUCCGCGCACAAUACCGACAAGACUGCAUCACAGCAAACCCAGGCGCAGAAGGAGCGUCGUCAACAGGCGUUCCGCUCGUUGUGGCUCAGAGCGGUUGCAGACGAGUUUGGCGGCGAGCUGGAUGCGAUUCGAACGCGCGAACCCACGCUAGGCGCCGAUGGCGGUACGAGGCUUCCGCUUUUCAUCGAUGCACUGGCAGCCGGUUCCGAGCUGUUCACUUCCAAAUCGACUCCGAGCACCAACGCUGGAACCAUCGACGAAAUGGCGCUGGCGACCAGAUCCACUCCAACGAAAAAGUAG